AUCAGCAGCAGGAGUAAAUAGAAAGAAGAGCCAGAGCAGCAGGAGCUGCUUGCUUGGUGCAAGUGAUGCCGAUGCGCGAGUGAAUCCGACUCGGUCCGAGGGUAGCGACGACGCCGCCCAGCGCCGGCCCCCCACCAGUCGGCGGCAGCGCCGUCGGACAGACAGCAUCUCGGCGUCGAAGUGCUCGCACGCGCCCAACCAAUCGCGGCAUUUCCUCCUCAUAAGACAUGAGACCAGAACAUCAUCAUAAUCAUCAUCAUUACAAUCGUAUCCGUCAUAAUAAUAACGUGGACGUCGUCAGCGUCUUCGUCUGAGCGUCGUCGUCGUGACCAACGAACGUGGUGCACGGUGCACUCACCAUGUGUACAGUAACAGUUUCUAGUUCUUUUUGUUAAUAAAAAAAUCGGCUUCAUCGUCGGUGAACUACUGUUGUGAGUGGACUUGUGUAGUGGUGUAAGUCAUGUCACGGCGCAAACAAGCCAGACCCAUUCGACUCCUGGAGGACGAAGAGACGACGGCCUCUGGAGCGGCCGGAACCGCAGGAGUACUCGGGGACGUCACGUCAAUUGAAGAUGGACGAACAACCCUGAAAAAUGAGGAAUUAUCCGAAAGAAAUCCUUUAAUUUGCCAAAGGUGCCAAGAACAGUUCGACGAUGUACAGGAGUUCAUGGAACACAGCAGUAUGUGCGCAAUGAAGUCUGAAGAGAUAGAAGUUCAGUCAGACCCAGAGGACAUGGUCGUUUCGGAGAUUGACGAAGAUGAUGAAGAGGUUAACGGAAAAAGACUUGAACAAGUUCGAAGACAUCGUCAAGAUACGGAAAAUAAUAAUAGUAUAAGUGGUAGUCCUGCGGAGGAUGUAGAAGGUCCUCGGUUAGGUUUUCCGUUUCCAACUCCUGCUGCAGCAGGCCAUGUUACGUUGGAAGCGUUGCAAAAUACAAAAGUUGCAGUAGCCCAAUUUGCAGCCACAACGAUGGCCAAUAAUUCGGAUAACGAGGCAGCUUUGCAGGAUUUAGCUGUCCUUCAAUCAACGUUGUUCACUCUGCAGCAUCAGCAAGUCUUUCAACUUCAACUUAUUAACCAACUGCAACAACAACUCUCCUUAAAUAGAGUCAAAGUUAAUAGUUCUACCUCUCCUCCACCAAAUCCAGAAAGCAUUAAAAGGCAACCGACUCCAGUAGAGUCACCUCCAGUUCCUCCAACAGUACCGCCACCCAAAGAUCUAACGCCAACACCCCUACCACCAAUUACUCAAGCACCCAGCAUACAGCAAUCCCCGCCAGUAGAAUCGUCACCUGUUGAAAUAUCAGUUCCAACGUCAGUUCCUCCUCAAUUGCAACAACCCAUGUGUUCCAUUUCUUCUUCGCUAGCUUCCACUAUCAUCACUCAUAAUAAUGAACCCCCGCCUUCGUUAGACGAGCCCAACACCUUGGAAAUGUUACAAAAGAGAGCCCAAGAAGUUCUUGACAACGCCAGUCAAGGUUUAUUAGCAAAUAAUUUAGCUGACGAUAUUGCAUUUAGGCGUAAAGACUCGUUAUCUUACGAUAAAGGGAGGAACGAGCCGUUCUUCAAGCAUCGAUGUCGGUACUGCGGAAAAGUGUUCGGUUCCGAUUCUGCUCUUCAAAUACAUAUCCGAUCUCAUACAGGUGAAAGACCGUUUAAGUGUAAUGUGUGCGGUAGUCGCUUUACUACUAAAGGAAACCUAAAGGUGCACUUUCAAAGACAUGCGGCUAAAUUUCCUCAUAUCAAAAUGAAUCCCAACCCGGUACCAGAGCAUUUAGACAAAUACCAUCCGCCACUUUUAGCACAAUUAGGACAACAAUCAGCACUUUCACCUGGCGGCCCUCCUCAUCAUCCUCCUCAUGGAUUCCCAGGAGCUCCACCAUUUCCUUCGUCGUCAAUACCGAUGUACAGACCACCUGCUCCGCCUCCAGAGUUAAUGAAUAGUAGACUGCAACCAUCACCACAGCGGCCACCAGAGAACGCUUUACGGCUGUUUACUUCUCAUCCGUUGUUCCUUAAAAGGGAAGAGCAAGAUACCCCUGAAAACUUAAGUAAACCGAUUAGAUCGCCUACACCAGUUCACAUAACCCAAGAUCAAAAAAGGCAGUCUGCAUCUCCGUCAGAAAUUAGGGACAUUAAAAUGGACAAUAAAAUAAACGCAGAUGAAAUGAAACCAAAGCACGAAAUGGAAACCGACGAACAUGAACAGGAACCGGAAAGGUACCCCUCACCUUCGCCCUAUGAUGAAUCUAGCGAGGAUAGCAAAUUCAGUACCGAUGAAAUGGAGCGACGUAGCAUAGGAAAUGAACAUCACGAUAACGUGCAAGAAGAACCUGAAAAUCUUUCUAAUAAGAGCAACUCUGUAUCGAUUCCGCUAAGCAUAACAACUGGACAAAAACUUCCAUCUAAUUUUUUAUUUGCGAAUCAAUCGUCGCCAGCCAGCAGCGCGUCAUCCGGUAGUCUAGGACCCUUCACACACAAUGUUGAUCCUGCCAAAGAUCCUGCUAUUUAUACUAAUUUAUUGCCAAGACCUGGAAGCAAUGACAACUCGUGGGAAAGCCUAAUUGAAAUAACCAAAACGUCGGAAACCACAAAACUACAGCAGUUAGUGGAUAAUAUAGAAAACAAGCUUACGGAUCCUAAUCAGUGCGUAAUAUGUCACAGAGUUCUGUCUUGUAAAAGUGCACUCCAAAUGCACUAUAGAACACACACAGGCGAACGUCCGUUUAAAUGUAAAAUCUGUGGCCGAGCUUUCACUACGAAAGGAAAUUUAAAAACCCAUAUGGGCGUUCACAGGGCUAAACCACCAAUGAGAGUACUACAUCAAUGUCCAGUGUGCCACAAGAAAUUCACGAAUGCGCUGGUUCUUCAACAGCACAUACGGUUGCACACUGGCGAACCAACAGAUUUGACUCCCGAACAAAUUCAGGCAGCUGAAGUAAAAGAUCUUCCAUCACCUGGUUCAUUCGCCUCCUUGUCUAAUUCAAUGAAUCCAUUUUUUUCGCAAAAUAUUCCUCUGCCUGGACUAUCGCCCUUAGGACCAGGAAGUUUACCUUUCCACCUAAGUAGGUACGGUUCAGAAUCUGAUAUUAAAUCCGAACAAGAUUAUUUGGAAAGCAGAGGCGACGAUGACGAUGGCGAUGACGAUGAUAUCAGCUCGAAUGAUCCUCAUAAUUUUUCGACUUCUCCAGGCGCAUCAGAAAAUAAUCUUCAAACAUCUAUGGCUUCUUCACAUUUAACGUCCUCACUUGUAAAUUAUUCUGCUGAAGAUCUAUGUGCUAGAAACGUCAUCACGUCUCCUGUACAAAACGGCGAAAAAUCUCCUGCUCCUUCAGGAAUAACAAGUCCUGGAAGUUCUGAAAUACGGUCGUCUCCCAACCAACGAUCUACUCCCGUCCAGAUUCCUCGGCCUCCUUCAAAUCAGCAACCAAAUAGUCCAGCACCUUCGGAAACGAACUCAUCUGGAGCACUUGAUCUCACACCUCGCUCGACGCAACCUCCUAUGUCUAGUCCCGGGCCAAUACCUACUCAAACGUCGCUCUUCUCCAAUUUCGCCCUUUUGCCUCCAGGUCAACCCACCACACCUCUGCUAUCUUCAGCAAUUUCUUCGCUAACCUCCACCGUUCUAACGUCUACGCCUUUUAGUCCGCUGGGCUUAGUAAAUCCUGCAGGUCGAGGAAAUACAACGUGCAAUAUCUGUUUCAAAACGUUCGCAUGCCACUCGGCCCUGGAAAUCCACUAUCGCAGUCAUACUAAAGAGAGGCCAUUUAAAUGCAGCGUUUGUGACAGAGGCUUUUCGACGAAGGAUUACUUUCAGGGUAACAUGAAACAACAUAUGUUGACGCAUAAAAUUCGCGAUAUGCCGCAGCACAUGUUCGAUAAACCUCCUUCGCAGCAUACUCCUGAGGAACCGCCUCAGCUACCCAUUAGGGAAACCUCUCUACCACCACCGCCGCCCAUUUCACAGCACGAGUCUGAAAAACCUCUUCCGCCUGUUCCUCCUCAAGAGCCAUCCCCAGAUCAAUUGAGUAAGAGAGCUCCUACAGAUACUGAGAUGCCCCUUCCAAAACGGCCCCCCAGCUUACAGAACAGUAAACACUUGUGUCACGUGUGCAAUAAGAACUUCUCGUCGAGCUCGGCCUUGCAGAUACACAUGCGAACACAUACGGGGGAUAAGCCCUUUCGAUGCACCGUGUGCCAGAAGGCCUUCACUACCAAGGGUAACCUAAAGGUUCACAUGGGUACGCACAUGUGGAGCAAUGGAGCAUCGCGACGAGGACGGCGCAUGUCUCUAGAUCUUCCUCCCAUUCCGAUGACUCCCAAGGAUUCCGAAUUUCUGCAACGAAGGCCAGAUCUCUUUUACCCGUACCUCCCGGCUCCAUUCCUUAAUGGCAUUCAGCAUAAGCCAAUAAAUGAACUGAAUCCACUCCAAAGUCCGCAGAACGGUUUGGCGAAUGCAAGCAAAUACAGCGGUUUAUUGGGUUUCGGUUAUCCACCACCUCAGCCCAUGCGGUCUCACGGAGGUUCGCCGGAACGACCGGAGUCGCGGCCUCCAAGUCGUGAACCGGAACGCAUGUGGGAUUUGCAUUUCGAACGGAAAACUUCGUCUGAAAGCACGCGCGAGGAACUAUUACCGCCAAGCCGCGAGGGACUGGCCGCGUAGAGGGUGACACUCUACAAAAUGCCACCUUUUGUUCUGUUCCUAAAUGAAACUAGUCUAAUCGUAGCCCAAUCAUCAGUGUCUUUUGAUAGGUAAUAACAUUGAAUAAAAAACAUGUUAAAGAGGUGGAAGUUGUUCGUAUUUUUCUUUUGCGUAUUGUCGAUAACGUUCAGACUAUUAAUUUAUUUUAUUUAAUUACUCGUUAUAGUGUAGAAAAUAAUAAAAAAUAAUUAUUUACCUAUCUUUCGUACAAUAUGCGAAGAUUCCUAGCCGUAACCGUCGAAUUUAAUGCAACAAGAAAAUUUACCUAGGAAGUAAAUUGGAACUGCGAUUUGUGUACAAAAGAAAGGAAAAAUUAAAUACGUAAUAACUAAUUAAUCAAUCGUUCUAGAUCUUUCGGGUCUUCUUUUAAUAUUAAGUUCAUUAAGACUGUCAAUUCUUUGGACGCAUUAUAGUUACUUUGAAUAAAAUACAGUACUCGCGCUUUAACGUGGCGCAAACGUAAUAAAUGUAGGAUGCUCCACGGACACUAAGAAAAGCAUAGUUAAGGUCACAGAAGAUAGUGCUAGAAAUACUGCACACAGAAAUUACGAAUAAUGUUCUCGUUUAAAUAUUGUUAUUUUUUUAACACUACUACACCUUCAUAACUGUAUUGCUCAAUCUUUUUGGACGGGUGGCGAGCUCUACGGGGCAUUCCAAAAUUAUAUUUAUUACUUUUGUACCACGUGAAAAGGCGAGAAUAACAGUAGCAUUCUUAUUGGCCUGAUAAGGUGUUACAUUAUAUUUGAAAACAAGUGUACCUAUAUUCUUACCGCAACAAGAAUUGGUAAAUUAAUAAAAAUACAGUAAAUGCAGGUAUGUUUAGAGUAAUAUUCGGUACUUUGUUUUUGUUUUCCUUUGUAUUCUAAAUGAUGUGUAUGGUUGGGCUAUGGGGUCGGGGCAAUGCAUUCUGUGAUACAACAGCUGUAGGAGCGGCAUUUUUUACCGGCCACCGAUACUGCUGUGUUUUAUUAUAUAAGUCUUACAAUGUAUUAUAAUAGUUUUGAUGUAUUAUAUUAAUGAUAACAUUAAUUUCGUACACUGCUGAGAGAAAUAAGAGUAUCGACGACAUUGGCCAACGCCAGAGUAUGUAGCUUUAUCGUUGUAAAUAUUAAAAAAUAAUAAUAAUAAAUUAUAGCAAGUAUUUUAAAGGAGAAUGUGCAUUUUGGUGUCAUUAUACCGUAUGCUGAAUCUGUUAGUCGUUUCCUUAUCAUUUAUCAAUCACUGUGUCAACUACAAUCGCCCAUCAGCUACUUGUUUCGUGCAGGUCUUGUGGCAAUUACUGUACAUAGGUAGGCUAAAAAAAACACCCUGUGCAUGUCUUUACGAGAAUGGUCUAUCGUAAGCCAAAACUAUCCCCUCCUCGUUGUAUUAUUAUAUAGUACAAGACCAAGAAUCAAAUUUACUUUUAAAAUAUUUAUUAUCACGCAAGUCCUUUGAAUUUUGCAAAAACAAAAGAAACGGAUGAUAAAACCAACAGCAUCAUCAGACACAAAUUAUCACUAUUAUUAUUAUCAUUAUUAUUAUUAGUACUAUCCAAGACCUGAUUGUUAUCAGAUUUGUAAACUGUCUAACUGUAAGUAUUUUGAAUUGUUUUUAUUUCAGAAUCGAUGUACAAAUAUUUUUAACUGGUACGUUAAGAAACUGUG